GUGCAGAGAACGCCCAACGUGUCAAUCGGUGUUCAAGAUCUCCAGUAACUCCUUGCAGUGGACUGGUUUGAUCAGACUAUUACAACCCACCGCCGCUUACAUUUAAAUCCCCCGGCAAUGGACAACAUUAAAGACGGGUGGUUCACCGAAACAUGCACAUUAUGGCCUGGUCAAGCGAUGAGUCUUCAAGUGGAGGAAGUGUUGUAUCAUAAAAAAUCUAAGUUCCAGGAUGUAAUGGUUUUUAAAAGUAAAACUUAUGGAAAUGUGCUGGUUUUGGAUGGGGUCAUCCAAUGCACAGAACGAGAUGAAUUUUCUUAUCAAGAAAUGAUUGCCAAUCUACCUCUCUGCUGCCACCCUUGCCCAAAGAAGGUUCUCAUCAUUGGUGGAGGAGACGGUGGUGUCCUGAGGGAGGUUGUCAAGCAUCCGCUGGUGGAGUCUGUUGUUCAGUGUGAAAUUGAUGAGGAUGUAAUAAAUGUCUCCAAGAAGUACCUCCCUGGAAUGGCAAAAGGCUUCUUCAGCCCCAAACUUACUCUGCAUGUAGGUGAUGGCUUUGAGUUCAUGAAAAAGAAUCAGGAUGCUUUUGACGUCAUCAUCACAGACUCCUCAGACCCUGUCGGUCCGGCUGAAAGCUUGUUUAAAGAGUCGUACUAUCAGCUGAUGAAAACAGCACUUUGCGAAGGAGGAAUUCUCUGUUGUCAAGGAGAGUGUCAGUGGCUGCAUUUGGAGCUAAUCAAGGAAAUGCGGACCUUCUGUAAGACCCUCUUUCCUGUAGUAGACUAUGCUUACUGCACCAUUCCAACAUAUCCAAGUGGACAAAUUGGCUUCAUGCUUUGCAGUAAAAAUCCGAAAACAAAUUUCCGUGAGCCAGAACGAGAACUACCAAGAGAUGAGAUCGAGAGCAUGAACCUCAAAUAUUACAAUCCUGAAAUCCACCGUGCUGCAUUCAUCCUCCCAGAAUUUGCCAGAAAGGUACUAAGCGAAGCAUAAAUGGCUUCAUGGGUGCCAUCUUGUCAACACGCUGCCUUCUGUGAAAGCAGAACAAAACCCUCACCACAGCUGCAGUAGCUCUCACACCGCAUCCCUCUCCAGCUUUUGAUUGGUCAACGGACUACUAAUGGACAAGUGCAAAUGCCUUCUGUGGGGAAAAUCUGUUUGUCUGUCUACUUCCAUCAGUGCUUCUGUCAAGUCUUAUGAGUUGUUUUUUCAUUUCCUUUUACAAUUCCACUUCCAACGUCAAACUUUCUGAACUGUACAAACUGACAAUCAUGCAUGUUCUGUGACAGACUCCUCAGUCUUUCUAUUACUCGUGUUGAGUAUGAAAAAAGAGUGUAACCUUCCACUACAACUGUCGUUUUUGGUGUUACUUCAUUAAAUAAGCAUGCAGGUAUUUUAAAUAAACUGCAUAUCUUCUCUCUAAACCCUUUCGAAGACUUCAGGUCAAUAACAAUUAUAGAUUUUCUUAACAUGCUGUAUUAAGGUUUCAUAUUAUGGGGCAGUUUAUCAUCACUGUCAAAUGUAAGGAAAGUCUAUUUAGUAUUGUUAUAAUUUCUAAAACUAUUACUUUAAAGUCUAUACAGAAGAUACUUACUGUAACUAGCAAAACUGUAGUCUAUUUUCUCUGGUUAAUAUUAUCUAACAUAUAAAUGGUUGUGUUUUUCUUCUUAGCCUAUGAAGGUGACAUAUGGGCUCUCUGUGGGUGACUUGUGUGCUCUGACUCUCAUGAACAAGUCUGAUAACAUGAUGUGAUUUUUAGCAAAUAGUGUUUGGUAUGAAGCCUUUUUGAGUGAUAUGCUAUAGUGUAUUGCAAACGUAUGCUUAUGGUCAACGGACUCUGUGUGAUGGAACGAUUCUGGGGUGUCUUUAAACAUUAGAAAUACUGGAAAUCUCAAACAUUGAGACAUUGUCUUAAUCUUAAUAUUGAAUAUAAUUAUGGAACUAUAUGACAAAAUAACAGUGUAUUUGAUGGAUAGCUAGGGAUCUUUUAAGGGUAGCUACAUAGGACAAACUAUUUUGUACUCUGUCAAGUUCAACAGUAUGGAAGAGGGUUGAUCUGUCCUUUUACCAUUCAAUGUUUAUGAUGUAAAUUUCAUUUUGCGAAUUUCAUAAAUUGUUUUGAAAUAAAAAUGAAGUAACCACAA